AUGGCUCGUUGGCUGCUUCAGAUCCUUGUUAUAUCUUCUCUUCACCUCAUCUCUCUAUCAAGUCAACAAGAGACAAGGUUUGUUUAUGAAAACUUUCUUGACCAAGAAGAUCUUUAUCUAGAUGCUUCUGCAAAGGUAGUUCCCAGUGGAUUAUUACAACUGACAAACACUUCAAUGAAUCAAAUUGGUCAUGCUUUUUUCAAGAAACCAGUUGAGCUCAGUUCCUCUAAACCACUCUCUUUCUCAACGCAUUUCGUGUGUGCUCUGGUGCCUAAGAAAGGUCAUGAAGGCGGCCAUGGUAUUGCCUUCCUAGUAUCUCCUUCACGAGAUUUCUCACAUGCAGAGGCAACAAGAUACUUGGGGGCUUUCAACGCAUCAGCACUUGAAUCAUCUCCCUCUUCUCACGUUCUCGCUGUUGAGCUUGACACUAUUUGGAACCCUGAGUUCAAUGAUGUCAUUAACAAUCACGUGGGGAUUGAUGUGAACAGUCCUGUAUCUGUCGGAGUAGCCUCAGCAUCUUACUAUUCAGACAUGAAAGGGAAAAACGAAAGCAUAAACCUCUUGACCGGAAAGCCUAUACAGGUUUGGGUGGAUUAUGAAGGCACUAUACUCAAUGUUUCUAUUGCUCCACUUAAAGUCCAGAAGCCAAGUCGGUCUCUUUUGUCACAACACAUCAAUCUUACAGAAGUUUUUAGAAAUAGUUCGAGACUGUUUGUUGGGUUCUCUGCAUCUACAGGUGCAGCGGUCAGUGACCAAUACAUUGUUGGGUGGAGUUUCAGUACAGACAGAGGAUCACUGCAGCGACUUGAUAUCUCAAGACUUGUUGAAGUUCCUCAUUCUUCAGCUCCGCAUAAGAAACUUCCUAUCAUUCUGCUUGUUUGUCUAAGUUUUGUGGUUUUGUCUCUUCUUGCAUGA